AGUGGAAUUUGCCCAGAAGCUACAAACCAGUCAAGGAGAUGGAGAUGUUCCAUUGUCAUCGAGAGGGGAGAGCAAUACUUCUGGAGGGACAGGAAUUGACCAGAUGUUUGGUUUGGACAGUCACAGUAAUGGAAAGAGCAGCCCCGUGAUCGAGAAACAGUCCCCAUCCAGCUCUAUCAGCCAAGCAAACAGCUCCUCCAACAAGAGACCGGAACCUGCUCCUGUACGUCCGUCCCAGGUCUCCCUGAGCCUGGAGGAGAAACAACGGCUUCAGAAGGAGCAGGAGUUCCAACAGAGAUUGAAGAAUCAGAAGGCGAUCCAGCCUGAAGAUGCCGUGAAGCAACCGUCAAGGUCUACUGCCAAGGAUCUGACGGGGUCACUGAUGGAUUCCAGGAGUAAGGGUCAAGGCCAGGCUGCGGGAGUGGAGAGUGUGGGUAUGGGCACCAGGACAGGUGGAAGUGGCAAUACUGGUCUUCUGUCAAGUGGGAUUAGCAGCAUGAACAGUUCACCUUACUCACCAUCGGGUACUAUGUCUGCAGGGAGUGUCGUUGGGACAGGGGGAAUGGGCCUUUCAAAUUCUUCCUUGCUCUCGCAGCCGGUCGGUAACGUGCCACAGAGGGUUCCUCAAAUGGGCCAACCGUCUCAAACGAAAAAGAACAUUGACAUGUCAGCGUUUGAUUCUCUCCUAGCUCCCUCCCAGUCGCAGAAGUCCAACAGGACGCUCAAUCAAAUGUCUUCGGCGAAUUCCCCACACCCCGCUAACCCUCCAAUGGGGCAGAACUCUUUCCAGAGACCUCAAGUUGGCAUGGCCCAGGCGGCAUUUGGUCAGGGGUCGCAGGGAGGCAUGGGUAAGAGGUCGCAGGGAGGCAUGGGUCAGGGGUCGCAGGGAGGCAUGGGUCAGAGGUCGCAGGGAGGCAUGGGUCAGGGGUCGCAGGGAGGCAUGGGUCAGGGGUCGCAGGGAGGCAUGGGUCAGAGGUCGCAGGGAGGCAUGGGUCAGGGGUCGCAGGGAGGCAUGGGUCAGGGGUCAUUCGGAAAUAUGAAUCAUCAAGGACAGGGUGCCUUCGGACAGCAAGGCAUGAUGGGAAAUUACGGCCGAGGUUCUGCGGGCACAGGUCAAAGGUCAUUGCCGGGGUCAACCAUGCAGCAACAAGGAACGGGAAUGGCUGCAGGAUUUGAUCCAUUUGCCAGCAUCGGUGCAACGAGUCAACAGAACCAGAAGACUGUUGGUGGGGACAACCUACUGGAUUUUCUAGGAUAGGUCAAGCAUAACUUAUACAUUAUUAUCAGUUUAUAUAUUAUCAUUAUGGUAUAUUACUAGUCCAUGCAAUUUAAAUAAGCUAUAAUUUCAUUCUCAUUUACAGCUUAGGAAAUAAUCAUUAGAUUCUACUGAUGGGAUCUUAGUAGGAAGGUGGUCUACAAGGAGUCGUUGGUGUUUUGGCCAUCUAAGUACGGAACACCCCGUCCUGGCUGGUCAGUGCUGCCCUGGAAUUCUAUCAGCAGCACUCUCCUCCUGGGUAACCAUUUACAUUAUCUAGGUAUUAAAGAAAGUGAAUAAUGAACCUAUGACCUUUUCAUUGUUGGAUGAGAGGUAAUUCCACUGCACCAAGUCACUUUCAUAAAGAGCUGGUCCCACUGGCCGACAGACACAAAACGUAUUCGUAACGGAUAUGUCGGACAAGCAAAAAUUUGGGAUGGCUCCAUCCGUUCUUAUCUGCUCCAGACAUUAGACAAAAUGGGGGAACAAUGAAAUCAAAGUGGACGGAUGCCCGAUGGAUAUAGAGCGUAUGAAACAUGCAUGCAAAUAGUAUCAAUAUCAAUACUUGAUACUAUCACAACAUGCACUGUGUUAGUUCAAAUAUAACCCGCCCGUAAGACCGAAAGCCUGCGAGUGGUACACAAUGGAUACAUAACAUUUUCCAACAUAUGGCAAGAUUCUUUUCCGUUUUACAUCCUCUCUGCAACUGUAAGUGCAGCAGGACUAAGCCUUUAUAUCAUACAGUGUUAAUGUGUUAACAAUCAAGCCCAAACUUAUUUAGCUGACCUCUUUGGAAACACAUCCAAAUACAACACAUGUUCGGCCACUAGUAAUACUCUUGUACCUCGUACUGCUAAACAAAUAGGUGAUAGGGCCUUUUCUACCGUUGCCCUUAAAACUUGGAACUCCUUUGCUAACGACUUCCCCAACACUUUCCUCAUUGUCUAAAUGUAUAAAAACUUACCUAUUCUAAUUUUUCUGUACGGUUUCCAUAUACCGGUAAUGUUCAUAAUUUUGUAGUUAUUAAUACUCCUUAUUUCUGUUAUUCUUUCUUUUAAUAAUGCGCUUUGUAUCUGAUGAAAAGGCAGUGAAGUUUAUUAUUAUUAUACAGUGCAAUUGGAUGCCUACUGCCAAAGUGUUGCUGUGCUGUUCAAUGACACUUUACAAUCGAAUGCAUUUAGAUUUUAUCUUGGGCUACUUUUUCCCCCUUUUUUAAGUGCAUUUUGUAUUGUUAAACCUGUCUUAGAGACUAUUUUUGGGACCAACCCAAACUUUUUAUUGAAAACUUUUAAAAGUGCAUUUAUAGUGGGAAAGUUAUUGAAAUCAUAUAUGAUCUCAGAGUGAUCUUGGAAUUCUUCUAUAGUACGGUAUUUAUGUUGCAAUAUAUAUACAUGUUUGUAUCUAUUUAUUUAUAUAUUGUGUAAUAAAAAAAAUCACUGAUUAUUAGUUUCUAUUUUAUGUACCGGUAUGUAAUUCCACAAAACAAAAGCUUUUUUUGUUAAACUGUACUGAGCAUUAAUAAAUAUUAACUACUGUAUGUAAUUACACAAAACAAAAGCUUUUUUUUGUUAAAAUGUACUGAGCAUUGAUGAAUAUUAACUACGGUAUGUAAUUCCACAAAACAAAAGCUUUUUUUUGUUAAACUGUACUGAGCAUUGAUAAAUAUUAACUACGGUAUGUAAUUACACAAAACAAAAGCUUUUUUUUGUUAAACUGUACUGAGCAUUGAUAAAUAUUAACUACGGUAUGUAAUUCCACAAAACAAAAGCUUUUUUGUUAAACUGUACUGAGCAAUGAUAAAUAUUAACUAUAAAUACCAUCUUACAUUUAGACUAUGAUUAAGAUUCUCUUGUAAAGUAAAAGUAAAAUAUAUACAUGUAUUCAUUAUUUAUUGACCUUUCUGCCGACUAAAUAUUUUUAUAUAAUUUUUUCGAGUUGUGAACAAAAAAAUUACAAAAGAGGAGCAUCAAAGACAAGGAUGAAGAACAUAUUUUAUUUAUUUAUUAGUUUAUUUGUAGUUUUAUUUAUACAGGGUAGCAUUGUCAGUUUCAGAACUGCUUACCACAACAGCCCUGUCCACACAACAUUUGUUAUAAUUAAUGUAAUUAAGUUGGUAAUAUUUACAUAAUCGAUAGUACUACUGUUUUAAUUAUUAUUUUUAGAUACACAUAUUGAAUACCCUUAACCCAAAAGAAUCUGAAAAAAAAAAAAACAAAUCUUUUAAAAUCCAAGCAAUAAAUCGAUUUGAUUUAGAAAAAAAAGAAACCCCCAAAAGUGUAACGAACACACAUACAAAUAUUAAAAACAAAUGAUUUUUUUCCCCAAAACCCCCGAAAUAUAAUAUAAAGUUCUUUCUGACCAAAAAAAUAAAAUAUGACUGGUUGAUGUAUACAAAACCUUUAUAUCAUUCUUAAAAAUAUAUGUGUAUAUUGAAGCGUAUUUGUUGAGGUUUAGCAUUAUUAACCCUCAAAAUGGAAAGUAUUUAUUAUUUCUAUGUAGAAAAAAGGGAAUUUAAUGGAUGACAUUCCAAAAUGAACCAAUACAAGAGAUCUGAUAGAAUAUUGGUGACUCUGUCGAAGUCACAUGUUUCACAGACAAAUCUGGGCUCCGUAACACAAAGGUUUGCAAUCAAUCGCUAAAUACCAAUGACCAAUCAAGAUCAUCGUGGCGUGUGCACUUUGUUUAUAAUACUGACCGGGAACCAAUAACAGCGGUUCUUUCAUAUUUGCAAUUCAUCGCAAACCUUUGUGUUACAGAGCCCUGGUCACCUUUCAAGAAAUUGAACUUAGAGGUAUACAUCACAUGGUUUUGAUACUUAUUUGACUAGAUCUUUUGUUAUUAUUCAUAGGAAACAGUAAACAUGUACCAACUUAUUCAUUCCAGAUGGAGGCUGCAGAAGGCUAGUCUGUGAGCACAGACUCAAAUUUUCAACUUUAAACAAUUAAACCAUGUCUAGAGUGUAGACUAACACCAAACUCUGUUAAUUAAGUAGAGGCAGCUACAGUACAUAGUGAAUCUAGUCUUACUACUUCAGACUCUGACUUUAAUAUGCACUGAGUGUGUGAAUUGCAAAAACUAAAGGUCUGUGCAUG